CCGUCCGUUUGAACCACCAGCAUUGACUGCCCCCAUAUAUAAUCCCCUACCCAACCGCCGCCUUUAAUCGCCAGUUCUAAUCUGAGGUUGGGGAAAAAAGCCUCGCGUGUCGCAAACCGCUCUCCGCUGAUUUGGGAUUUGGGAGGCGCUCGAGGUAAACCAUAGUUUGUGACUCAUGGCUCGUACUAAGCAAACUGCUCGCAAGUCCACUGGAGGGAAGGCUCCUAGGAAGCAACUUGCCACCAAGGCUGCCCGUAAGUCUGCACCUACAACUGGAGGAGUAAAGAAGCCUCACCGUUACCGCCCUGGAACUGUUGCUCUUCGUGAAAUCCGCAAGUAUCAGAAGAGCACUGAGCUGCUCAUAAGGAAGCUUCCAUUCCAGAGGCUUGUCAGGGAAAUUGCCCAGGAUUUCAAGACUGAUCUGCGUUUCCAGAGCCACGCGGUCCUUGCGCUGCAGGAGGCUGCGGAAGCAUACCUGGUGGGUCUGUUUGAGGACACAAACCUGUGCGCCAUCCACGCCAAGCGCGUGACCAUCAUGCCCAAGGACAUUCAGCUGGCAAGGAGGAUCCGUGGCGAGAGGGCGUAGUUUCUCUGUUACUGGAUUGGCUCUGGAAGUAUGGUGUGCAUCUGUUCGAUGCUUUGCUUUUGUGGUGCUUAACGUUUGUGGGUGUUUGAACUCUAAUGCUCAUUCGUAGUGGAUUAGUUGGUAGGAAGUGCUGCGAUCUUACUAUGUUUUUAGAGUCUAUAAUUGUUGUCGAUUAGUAUAAUUGUCUAAGUGCUGGUUUCGCCCAUCAACCUGAUGGGUUAUCUGAACCUCGAAUUGAUAUGUUAAGUUGUGAACUUCGUUAUAUUGUGUCAGCAACGGUUGCAUUUUAUUGUGCUGAA